AUGAUGGCAGCUGAAAGGAUCUCCUACCAGGACACCAACUACAGGCGCUCUAUUCCAGCUGAAGAGCGCCUGUCCAUCUGUCUGCGGUUUCUUGCCACUGGGGACUCCUACAGGACCAUUGCGGGGAGCUUCAGAGCGGGCAUAUCCACCGUCUCCAUGCUCAUCCCAGAUGUGGUGGCAGCCAUCUGGGACUGCCUCGUGGAGGAGUUCAUGGCUGUGCCUGGAGCAGAGGAGUGGAGAUCCAGCGAUGGAGGCAUCGUGUCCAACUCUGCCUUUGCCUGUGAGUUGAUGAACCGUGGGAUCCUGGCUCUGGUCAGCUCCAUCGGCUGCAUGUCGGCGGGCAGUCUGCAGACUUUAGCCGACGCCAUGCACAUCCCUCACCUGUUCAUUCAGCGCUCUCCCAGAGGCUCUCCUCGCUCCUCCUGCCCUCCCAUCAGCCACCUCCCCGGAGCCGACGACUACACGCUCAUGGUCCGCCCUCCGGUCUAUCUGAACGAGGUCAUCAUGCAGGUGGUCUCCGAGUACAGCUGGCAGAAGUUUGUGCUCUUCUACGACUCCGACUUUGGAUUCAGUUUUGUGUUUACUGCCAGACAGAUCAAACGAAUCUGUGCCAAUGGCCUCUCACUCAGGCCGCAGACUGCACCUGCUGCUGGAAAGAAUAGUGUCAUUCAAGAAGCAGUGAAGCAGGCUCCAAUACAGCAGGCUCCGAUACAGCAGGCUCCGAUACAGCAGGCUCCAAUACAGCAGGCUCCGAUACAGCAGGCUCUGAUACAGCAGGCUCUGAUGCAGCAGGCUCCGAUACAGCAGGCUCCGAUACAGCAGGCUCCGAUACAGCAGGCUCCGAUACAGCAGGCUCUGAUACAGCAGGCUCCGAUACAGCAGGCUCCGAUACAGCAGGCUCCGAUACAGCAGGCUCCGAUACAGCAGGCUCCGAUGCAGCAGGCUCUGAUGCAGCAGGCUCCGAUACAGCAGGCUCCGAUACAGCAGGCUCCAAUACAGCAGGCUCCAAUACAGCAGGCUCUGAUACAGCAGGCUCUGAUACAGCAGGCUCCGAUGCAGCAGGCUCCGAUACAGCAGGCUCCGAUACAGCAGGCCCCGAUACAGCAGGCUCUGAUGCAGCAGGCUCCGAUACAGCAGGCUCUGAUACAGCAGGCUCCGAUACAGCAGGCUCCGAUACAGCAGGCUCUGAUACAGCAGGCUCCGAUACAGCAGGCUCCGAUACAGCAGGCUCCGAUACAGCAGGCUCUGAUGCAGCAGGCUCCGAUACAGCAGGCUCCGAUACAGCAGGCUCUGAUACAGCAGGCUCUCUCUCUCUCUCACACACACACAUAUGUAUAA